AUGAGUACUAAUACACUUGUCAAUGAAAACUUAUCUACUAAUAAUACGAGUUCGACGACAACACUCAAUAGUGAUGGCCCCAUAGCACACCUCGAUCAUAUGUUAAGCAAUCUUCAUGAUGAACAGCCAUCAACACGAAUGCCAUCAAACAUAUCAAUUGAUACAUUCGAUAAUAAAUCACAUCGAAUGAAUCAUCGAUCGACACCGCGAACAGCGUUAACCGAUGGAAAGAUUGUUGAAUGUUCAUCAGAAAAUUCAAUUGUUUAUCGAUAUUAUACCGGAGAAUCAGGUUCGAUUAUUGAUGAACAUUUUGAUAAGGCACUUAAACAAUCAACUUCAUUUAAUUCAACAAGAUCAAUAUCAGCACGAGAUCCUCGAACUUCAUCUUAUGGUUAUUCAAGCAUGAUGAAUCCAUCGAGUAGUUUCUGGCCUAAUUUUAUGACAUCACCAACUUCAUACCCUCAUCCAACUUAUCUUCCUACAUCACAAAAUGAUUAUUCUGAUUGGAUGCAUCAUCAUCAUUCAUAUCGUUCACCUUAUGCAACGAAUUCAACAGCAACACCGCCAUCAUCGUCAUCAUCAUCAACGAUUUCAAGCAAUCAUUUGCAUUCAAUUGGAUCACCAAAUAAUACAAAUCUUAAUAAUACUAAUACUAAUACUAAUACUAAUAAUACAGGACGUUAUCAUCAUCAUCCGUCACCCGAUAUGGAUGUUGUCACUGCAGCAGCUAUUGGAGCUGCAGCCGCUGCACAAAUGUUUCAUCAUGAAAAACAAUCUCAUCAUGCUUAUACACCAACAUCUCAUCAUUUUGAUUAUCAUCUUGGUGGAUCCAUGAUGGCUACAGCAUCAUACGCUUUUCCUACUCAAAGCUUUGAUUUAAUGAGUACAAAUACGUCAGCAAUGGGUUUGGAAAAUUCAAAUAUCAAGGAUUCAACAACAUCACCACCUUGGUAUUCAAAUCAUCAUUUAUCCUGUUAA